AUGUCAAUACCUGCUCGCAGCUUUCAAAGACAUACAGGGUUUUGUCAUGCCUCCACAUUACGUCCCUGGCAUCCAAGGUGCCCGUCAUUUCAGCGAAAAUCGAUAACCACCACCCCCCAUGCCUCUCGCGUCAUUUUUUCCGGGAUCCAGCCAACAGGCAUUCCACACCUGGGAAACUAUCUCGGGGCGCUUCAGCAAUGGGUAAAACUGCAGAAUGAGGCUGCGCCGGAAGACAAGUUGCUUUUUUCGGUCGUCGACCUACAUGCGUUGACGCUGCCGCAAGAUCCGGCCGUGCUGCAGGAGUGGAGGAGGCAAUCUUUUGCAAUCCUCCUUGCGGUGGGAUUGAAACCGGAGAAGGUUGCGUUGUUUUUUCAAAGUGCCGUUCCGGCGCAUACGGAACUUAUGUGGAUUCUGAGCACGGUAUCGUCGAUGGGGUAUUUGUCACGCAUGACGCAGUGGAAGAGCAAACUACAGCUUCCGGACAGCUCUACACUUGAUGAUUCUGGGGCGCGGGCGAAGCUACGGCUAGGAUUAUUCUCAUACCCAGUAUUGCAGGCAGCGGAUGUCCUGGUUCAUUCGGCAACCCACGUUCCGGUUGGAGAAGACCAAAGGCAACACCUCGAGUUUGCGCGAGAUGUGGCAAACAGCUUCAAUCAAAUCUACGGACCUGUCCUUACUGCUCCAGACACUCUCGUUUCUCCUGCCAAACGAGUGAUGUCCCUAAAAUCUCCGGAAAGCAAGAUGUCGAAAUCCGAUCCUGCUCCCAACUCCCGGAUACUUCUUACGGAUGACGCAUACGAAAUCAAGAACAAAAUUAAAGUUGCCCUUACUGAUUCAAUUCCUGGGAUCUCGUAUGAUCCAGUAAACCGGCCGGGCGUGUCCAAUCUUCUGGAGCUGCUUAGCAACUUUGACUCAUCUUGCCAUCUUUCGCCGGCAGAGCUCGCCCGAGAGCACGAAAAUUCAAGUCUGAAGACACUGAAAGAGCAUGUUGCAGAGAAAGUGGCGAAUCACCUCGCCCCCAUCAGGCAGAAGUAUUCAGAGCUGAUGGCCCAGGCCUCGGGGAGAGACUACUUGGAUACUAUAGCACAAGAAGGCGCACGCAUAGCUGCGGAUAACGCACACGGCACGAUGAGUCGAGUCAAAGACGCCAUAGGGUUAUGA